AACAUUAAUGAUGUUUGACGGUCUAAAUAACAUAGAAAAAGUCGACACUCCGAAAAUAAAGCUAUUGAAGACCAGCAUGCGUCUCCAAUUCAAUGAAUUUUUCAACCAAAGCACAUUACACGGCGUUAGAUACAUAGCACAAAGCGAUCGACCACUUCACGAACGGUUCAUGUGGUUUAGUUUCUUAUCUGUGGGUAUCGUUGUUACUUCUAUCAUAAUUAUAUCGCUCUGGGAGAAGUUUCAAACAAGUCCAACCAUUACCGGAUUAGAUACAGAUUUCCACAGUUGGGACGUACAAUUUCCAGCUAUAACGGUAUGUCCUAAACGACCAACUUCCGAUGAAAAAGUAUGGGAGUACGUUACGAGUGUGUACGAUAACAACACGGAUAAUGAGCGCGCAGAAAUAUUUUUUAAGUUUGUUAACGAAGUAGCGUCGUUCUCAUACGAAAAUAUUCAAAUGUUUAAACAAUUUUCAAAAUACAAUUGGCUACCAAAGGAUAAAUUUAAAGAUUUAGCUUAUCAAGUAGUAUAUCAUUGCGAAGACUUACUAUACGAUUGCACAUUUAAAGGCGAACCAUACAAUUGUUGUUUGGGAUUUGAACCGGUGUUCACAGAAUACGGAUUUUGUUACAGUUUCAAUACUAAACACGUAGAACUGGAUUGGCCAUGGCUACCCGAAAAUUAUUUAAAAGCUAAUAUAGAAUACGUCUACGAAACAGACAAUAAAUUGACCAUUACGUUUAACAUGGAUAAUGUAACUAAAAACCCAUUAAAGGUAUUCAUACACAGCAUAGACGACAUGUUAAUCGUAGACUCGUUACCGCAACAUCUGUGGACCAGGAGAAUAGCGAAAAUAUUUUUUAAUAGCAAACAAACGUACACCACCGAAGGCGCUCGACAGUUAACGAUAAAACAAAGGAAAUGCGUUUUUCCAGACGAAAUUUCAUUACUGACAGACUCCAACUACACGUUUAGUGCAUGUAUGAUUCAAUGUCGAAUGGAUACCAGCAGGAAACUAUGUGGAUGUGUCCUUUGGCUCUAUAAAUCUAUUGAUGGAUAUAAAUAUUGCAAUUUAGACGGACUAAAGUGUAUUGGUAAAAAUCUUAAUCAAAUAUUAAAUGGACUUGCUUGUCAAUGUGAAUUGGGAUGUAUGAAUACAGUUUAUGAAGUAGAAAAACUUCAAGAUGCUCAGUUUGAUAAGAUUAAUGAAUCUCUAGAAAUCGGUUUCGUAUCAUGGCCAAUGGUGAGGUACAGAAGAGAAGUAUUAUUUGGCUGGGUAGAUUUACUAGUGGCUUUUGGUGGCAUAGCAGGUUUAUUUUUAGGUUUCAGUUUGCUGAGCGGAGUGGAAAUCAUAUAUUACUUCACACUAAGAGCAUGUUGUAUGGUGACAAAUAACCCUAAAGAAUUAGAAGAACUAAGUCAAGAAUAUGAUCAAAAAGAUGAACCAACUAUAAAUCUAGGAUUAAAACCACUAUGGACUUUUGAAAAUAAGGAAACUUCUGUAAAACCUCAAAUCCAUGGAAAAAAUGAGCCAUUUGCUUUACCUUUUUUGCAUUAAAUAUC